CACGAAAUUGAUUCCCAACCCACAGCUACAAUAUAUUUAUGUUAGUUUUGAUUAAUUGGGUGUGAAAAUAUGCCAUUGAAUUUCUUCAACUUCAUUGGCUUCCCACUAAGUUAUCUACUUCUGCUAUUCUUACAAGCAGCGCUACUUUCUAAUGGGUCAAUCGUGAAGACUCUUCCGGGUUUCCCCGGUGUUCUACCUUUUAAGCUUGAAACAGGAUAUGUUAGAGUGGAGGAGUCUGAACUUUUCUAUUACUUCGUUGAAUCACAAGGCCAAGCUCCAUUUGAUCCAUUUAUACUCUAUCCUAAUGGUGGACCUAGUUGUUCUGGCUUAAAUGACUGUCACUACCAAGCUGGUCCAUUAGUUUUCAAUAUAGCUGAUUACACAGGGGGUUUACUGGCUUUGUCCUGACCCAAACUCACGGACAAAGGUUUGUAUAAUCUCUAAACUAAUAUCAUAUUAUCUCUGUCGAAACCACUGGAUCGCUUUCAAACAAAUCAUAGGUUAGUUCAUCAUUAGGCGAAAUUUUUUUUUUUUUUUUUUUUAAUUUAGAAACUUUUGUGUGAAAAAGUAUUUAGCGACCAUGGUUGGGUGGGGCUACAGAGCUUUUCGUUGGCGCAAAUAGAAACAUCGUUGGUCGUUACAGGCCAAGUGGAAUGGGCCUCAAGCCCAACCCAAGAAUCUUUUUUUUUUUACUUUUUCUUAUGAAACCCAAGAAUCUAGUUAUGGUGAUGAAUUUGCAGACAGCUAGUAUAAUCUUUGUGGAUGCACCAAUAGGCACUGGUUUUUCCUAUGCAACGACUCCAGAAGGUAAUAGCGUCUCUGACACAAAAUCAGCAAGACAAACUCAUAACUUUUAUCACAGA